CUUCCGUCCUUCCCCAGUCUUUCUGUCAAGGUUCCAUCAUCAAGAAUCCUGACCAUCAUCAACUCUUCGUUUACUUCCUGUUCCUUACAACUUGAAGAUCCUUGCUUCAAAGCGUUUUGUUCAAAAUGAACGUGAACUACUUAGUCAUUAUCGCCAUCUGGCUUCUCGCCAGUAUUGGCUGCAGUGCUAAUAUCGUUGACGAUCUUGUGCGUGUCUACUACGAGAUGACUGAGGCUGCCUUCGCUCCUCACCACGCGGUCAUCGUCCCUAAGUCCAACAAUCGUAGGCCCAAGCCCAACAAGGCCGAGGGAGUUGGCAAAACCCGUAACGAUGACAUCUUGACCGUGACUAUCUGCGAGACGGAGACUCCAGUGGCUCCAACCAUCGGAACCCUAUCCCUCCCUACAGUCGUCACCGCGCCUACCCUGAUUCCGACGGUUGUCGUGUCUGGUGUUGUUCCAACCAUGACUAGUGUUGUCACUGAGGUUUCUUCGGGACUUACUGCCGAAGUGUCUGCUGGAAACCCAAUCGAGGUCUCUACCGGCCAAUCUCACGUCAAGUCUGAUACCACUUUUGUGUCAGUUACCAAGUCUCUGGCCACUGGACAUUCAUCCGUCAUGACUGGAAUUCAGACUGUGCCUGAAACCACUGUGCCCCAUCCGACCUCAUCCGGAACUCAUAGUGCUCCCAGUGAUGAGAAUGAAUCUAUCAUUUCUUCAGUCAGUUCGGGAGAGCAGCAUGGAAAUCACACAGUCAGCACUGAUACCACUGCAUUGACUGGCACCCGCACUCAUGCGCACCCCUCGUUCCCCACCACCAACGAGGCCGAUGACUAUGAGGGCAUGGCGUCGUCCGCCUUUGCGUUGGCAGUCGCCUUGGCUUUUAGUCUCGUGCGUAUCUGAAGAUGUUUCUUUCGCUUACCAGCAGUUCUUUGAAAUUCGUUCCCAGCUGAGCUGUGAACGGAGAUCUGGUGGUGUUGAACUCAAUCUUCUGAUGGAGCGUGCUUCUUUCAUUCUCUGUUUUUCUUUCAUCUUAUUUGCUCUAACG